AUGCACCUCUAUUUUAUUCUGUUUCUUGUUUUCCUCGGUGUCCCUGCACUUUGUGCACCUCAUUGGGAGCGUCAAGACUGGAUCGGAGGAAUUCACGUGUUUUCAAACGAUCGUCUGAUUUCUCCGAAAUUCAGAGGUAGUACACCAGCUGCAGUAGCGUUGGAUCAGGAUACACAAGUUGAAGUAGAGGCCGUAGAAGUGGCUCAUGAAAACAUCUCUAUUGAACUGGCUAGAAUAGUCUUAUUUUACUCAUUCAUCAUUUUGGUUGCUUAUUGUAUCUGGUCCCGAGUCAUGGACCAAGUUCUGGAUGUCAUCGUCAAAUACCAACCACGAUAUGGCGAGAAACGCAUUGAAUUCGUCUCGGAUGAACUGAUUUUAUGA